AUGGCAGCUACACUGUACAACAACCUGCCGACUCUCGAAGAUGCGGAAAAACGAUUUAUUGACCGUGAAACUAUCUUCACUGCCGUAGGAAGCCUCCUUGCUAAAUACGGCAAUCAUUACGGCCUCUGCCUCGUCCACGCACACUGCAACUUGACUGAUGAGGAGAGAAUGCUCAGUAGAGGGAACAUAUCCCAGCCGGAAAUUUAUACUUUGCUCGGCAAUUACUAUCCUGAGCGCUGGCUGUCUUCGGGGGAUCCUUACGAGUUCACCACUCGGCCCACCGUAUCACCGCCGGCUGCUCUUGUUGACGAAUUCAAUAGUCUGACCGCCGUCAUUGGGGUUCUAGGCCUAUACCACAUUGGUGAUGAAGUCAACGGCAAGAUGAUUGAGUACACCGAGGGACGCAGAAAUAUCCUGGUACCCCUUUCUGAUACAGACGAGUCACAAGCAUCCAAUCACACGGAGACAGCCUGGAACUUGGGAAAAGGGGAUCCUGUCACAAUAGCUUGCAUGAUUGUGUGUGACUCAUGA